AUGCUUGCGUGCCAAGCUGCGGAGAGGGUGCUGUGGCCCCCCGGAAGUGAGGCCCGAAUCCUCCGGCAACUGCGGCCGGGAGGCUCGCCGCACUGGCUCCUGACCAAGGAAGCGGCGCCCCUUGCAACUUUGGCGUCCUUGGCGUCCUUGGCAUCUGUCAUGUCCCGUACAUCCAAGCUGCGCCGGGGCCGGGCUGCUAGACCGUGGCGGAGGUUUUGCACCGCACCUCUCAAUCCAGCGCUACAGACGCCGCAGACGUGGUGUGCUGUCUUCAUCAACCUGGCACGCCGAGCUGACAGACGUUUGCAGUUAGUGCAUGUCCUGGCUGAAGCAAACUCUGCCGUUCUCUCUCGUUUGCUUCGCGUUGAUGCUGUAGAUGGACGGGCUCUGGAUCUAGAAAGCCCCGACCUACUGGAUUACAUUACGAAGGAGGCUCUUGAAGUAGCGCAGGAGGCUCAGAGGGUCGGUGCGCACACAAUCGUCCACAAAGAUGGCGAACUUGUGAAGUUCCAUGAUCAUCUGACUGCCGGCGGCGUGGCAUGUGCGAUGUCCCAUUACAAGGCUUUGCGCACUGUGGCAGAGCACCCCACGGCGGAGUGGGGACUUAUCCUCGAAGAUGACAUUCAGGCGCUGGUUCCUGACGUUCACGAAGUCAUCGCUAAAGCAGUGCAACGCUUGCCCGCCAGCUGGGAUGCUUUGUUUUUGGGCUACCACGGUGGCGUUCUUGAUGGCUUUGGACCUGGAGGGAGAGACACGGAACAGGAACAUACGCGGGCUCAGUUCGAACUGCAGAUCGAUGAGAUGCGUGGUGUGGAUGGUUUCUGUGGCAGCGUAGACAGAGGGCUGCUUUCAGAGGAGGAGGUGCCAGUGCUCCGAAUGUACAGCCCGCUGUAUGGCCUCUAUGCCUGGGUCGUUCGGAAGGAAACUGCUGCUAGGCUCUUGCAGGAGGCUUUCCCUGUGGGCGGGCAAGUUGACCAUGCCUUGUCCCUUUGGUUGGUACAGAAUGGUCAUAGCUUCAAAGUGGCUCCAAGGCACCUCCUGUUCUUCAGUCCCAAGAGUGAGGUAGGCUUGGACUCUGACAUUCAGACCAUGGCUCAUCUUGAUCACUUGUUGGCAGAUCCUGAGCAUUGUGAGGAAUAUAUGGCUUUCAUCAAUAGUAUCCAGAGCGCGGAGAACCCUGAAGCCAUGGCUCAAAGCAUCGAGUUGGCUGAGGCCAAGGUGGAAGCUUCGAAAGAGGCUUUCCAGGCUUUGAUGGAUCUUCCCGAGGAUGCCGAGCCUUUGCAGAUGCAGUCCGUCCUGUCAAAGGCUGCAGCUGCGCAGACAGAGGCCACCACCGCCAUCCAAGCUGCGCGAGUGCCCUUGGUUGAACGGCUUCAGAAGGCAAAAGCAGAUGGAGUCACAACCGACACCUCUGAGGUACUCAAAGAGUUCCAGGAGAUGUUUGCCAAGCUUGCACCGCUGCAAACCAAGUUGGACGAGCAGAGGCGGGAUGCAAACGAUAAGGAGCAUCGAUUCGUUGCCACCUGCCUGAUGCAGGAAGCAAGUGAGAUGUUCAAGGUGCUGGAUGACAAGUUGGAGAAGCUUAACGAGACAGCCGCCAUGUUCACCGCAAGCAGGGGGGAGGAAUUGCAAGCCUUGGUGCGUUUGGGCCACUUGCUGGAAGUGUUGCGACGCCACAUGGCUGCAACCUCCAAGACCCCUGCAGUUCUCUUUGCGGAGUUGGCCAAGGCUUCUGGAGAAAGCAGCCGCUUGAUGCCUGCAGGAAUUGUGACGGCCCUGAAAUCAUUGCAGCCAGAACCGCCUGAUUUGGCUGACUUGCUCGGUACGGAGGAGGAGCAGGAGCAACUACCAGCCGCUGUCGCACAAAUGGAUCCAGAAGAGGCAGCCAACGAGGACGGCGGCGUCUCUUCGGAGAAGUUCGAAGAGCACAUGAAGCUGUCCUACCUCUGUGUGGCAGUUGUGACAAUGACCUCGGCAAAAGAGGUUGGAAGCGAAACCGUCCGAAAAUUGGAGGUCAAUGAGGUCCUGGAAGCUUUGGGUGCAGCUCGCCGCGAACCACAGAGUGGCCUCGUAAGA